UUCAGCUUGCUAUAUAAUUUAUCUCUACGUUCGUCCAGCAUUAUAUGAUCCCAGGAUAGUGCUUAUAUGGGAAUGACGCGUCCAUUAAUACGCCAAGCCAAAUCGCUCGCUUCUUUUACUCCAACAAAUCUUCAAAGCCAUCUGUCCAACCACCCCGUGCUACCCUUACAUUUGCCUUCUCUUACUUCUGCCUGGCCGGCAUUGACCAACUGGAAGUUGGAAAAUGGAUUACAGCGGCUGAGAGAGAAAAUAGGAGAAGGUAGAGUAGCUGAAAUCGAACUAGGAAAAAAGGGACGGAGCUACUUGCAUAAGGAAUGGCAACAGAUACAUAUGCCUUUUGGCCUAUUUCUAGAUGCUUUCAUAUUCAAUCUUAUACCAUCUUCGUCUCCUGCAGAACUACCAACAGCAUAUCUCGCCCAAUCUGAUUUGCUGGAUUCCACGCCUCAAUUAUUAGACGAUGUACCUGCCUUAACUCACUUUUAUCAGGGUAAAGAGAAAAGCUUGUAUAGGCGGACGAUAUGGAUUGGCCCCAAUGGUAGCUUUACCCCAUUCCACAAAGAUCCUUAUGUAGGAAUUUACUCGCAAAUCGUGGGCAGAAAAACAUUCCACUUGUUACCACCUGAUGCGUUCCCCUACCUGGAUCUAUCUCCUAUCCCUCGACAUGCCAAUACAUCCCAAAUACCUGUCCCAGUCUCCCGGAUAAUAUCUGGCGUAUCGCCGAAUGAGGACGUGCAGGAUCUUCCUCAAGGGACGAUGCAGAAGUGCAAAGAACAGCUUGAAAAAGCAUUUUCCAUACCGGGCGCAUGUCAGGUCAACGUAGCCGCUGGUGACAGUGUGUUGAUACCUGAAGGAUGGUGGCAUGCCGCUGAAGGUGUAGAUGGACCUGGGGUUGGGGUCAAUGCCUGGUUCAGAUAGCGAAUGCAGUGUAUUGUC